AGAUGCUCCAAAGCAGGCUGUCUGCGCAGAGCGGGGCCGGCGCAGAGCCCUCCUGGCGUGGGGAUGGACGGGGGACCUGGGUAGCCGGGGGUGGCUGGGUGGGAGGAUGCAGAGGUGGCCGGUGCUGCUCUUCCUGGCCUGGGCCUGUUUCCUCUUCUUCGCCGGCAUCGGUCUCUUCACCAGCGGCUUCCUGCUCAUGAGGAUCGAGCUCACCAACCGCAGCUCCUGCUCCGACCCGUUGGCCGCCCCAGCCUGGCCCGGGCAGCAGGUCGCGCCCGGCACCUGCUGGAUGCCCCAGCGCGUCCCCAAGGCCGUGCUGCUCAUCAUUGACGCCCUGACCUUCGAGUUCGCCCGCUUCGACCCAGCUAAGGCAAGGCCCCGGCCCUACGAGAACAAGCUGGGCUUCCUGCACCAGCUGGCCGGCUCCCAGCCCCGCCAUGCCCGGCUCUACCGCUUCCGAGCCGACCCACCCACCACCACCAUGCAGCGCAUCAAGGGCAUCACCACCGGCUCCCUGCCCACCUUCAUCGACGUGGGCAGCAACUUUGCCUCCUACGCCAUCGAGGAGGACAAUCUGCUCGGCCAGCUGGCGCAGAACGGGAGGAGAGUAGUCUUCAUGGGGGAUGACACCUGGGAUGGGCUCUUCCCCCAGAAGUUCUUCCGCUCGUAUUUCUUCCCUUCGUUUAACGUGAAGGAUCUUCACACGGUGGACGAUGGGAUCCUGCAGCAUCUCUACAAGACUGUGGAUGGUGGCGAGUGGGACCUGCUGAUCGCUCAUUUCCUGGGUGUGGAUCAUUGUGGGCACAAGCAUGGACCUGACCAUCCAGAAAUGGCCAAGAAGCUCACCCAGAUGAACGAGAUGCUCAGGUCGCUGGUGGAUCACCUGGGGAACGACACCCUGCUGCUGGUGGCCGGGGACCAUGGAAUGACGGAGACUGGGGACCACGGAGGAGACAGUGAGAAGGAGGUGAACGCGGCGCUCUUCGUGUACAGUAAAACGCCUCUCUUUGGAGCCCACCUUCCUGAGGAGCCGGAAACCAUCCCGCAGGUGAACCUGGUGCCCACGUUGGCCCUGCUGCUGGGCGUGCCCAUUCCCUACAGUAACAUCGGGGAGGUGAUGGCUGAGCUGUUCUCGGGGGACGGCGGCGCUGCUUCGGCAGCACUCAGUCAGCUCUCGGCGUAUCGUGUCAACGCCAGACAGGUGGACCGUUUCCUGCACUCCUACUCUCUGGCUGCCCAGGACCUGCCGGCUGAGCGGCUCCGGCACCUGCGGGAGCUUUUCUCUGCCGCGCUGGAGGAGCACGACCGGCUGCUGGCCCAAGUGCAGGAGGGGCUGCCUGCAUCGCCCGAGCGGGAGGCCAGGCUGAGGCGACUGGUUGGCCACUUCCAGCGUUACCUGCGGGAGGCCCGGGCUGUGUGCAUGGAGUCCUGGGCCCGCUUCCACCCGCUGCGCAUGGUGGCUGGCUGUGCGCUCAUCGCCGCCUCCUGUCUGCUCUGCUGUGUUGCCUCGGAGCUGGCGGCGGCCCUGGACUUCUCCUACCGAAGCCACCUCCUGUACCCGCUUCUCUGGGGCCUGGCGGUGGCGGCUCUGCUGGGGCUGGGCCACCUGCUCACCAAGGAGGGGCUGGACCUCAUUCUGGUGUUGUCGUGGUCGGCUGCCGCCUCCCAGCUGGCCUUCUUCUGGCACUGGUGGGGCCGCUGGCCCCGUCGAGCCCGUUUGGCUGGCGUCCAGCCGCCUGUGGCCAGCGCGGACCUGUGGCAGAGAUUGCGAGCGUGGCAGGGGCUGGUCCUCCCCAUGGGCAUCCUCUUUGUCCGCUGCUGCGCCAUGUUCUCGGACAGCUUCGUGGUGGCUGAGGCCUGGGUGGCCCCGUUCCUGCUCGCGUCCCUGGCCACCCUGCUGGUGGGGAAGCUGUACUGGCACGGCCGGCUGACUGCUCCGGAAUCCCCCACGCAACCCCCAGGCUCUGCCUUUUACCAGAAGGAGAGCUGGCAGCUCCUGUGCCUCCUGGCUGUGCUCCUGGCCUGCCUGCGCCUCUCAGGCCUUUUCCACCAGUGCCGCGAGGAGAUCCCGCACUGCCAGCCCUCACCCUUCCUGGCCCCGCUCUCCAGCCUGCAGAGCACUCAGGCCAAGAACCUCUUCUACCUCCUGUGCGUGGCCUCGCUGGCCGGGCUGGUGUACGCUGUGCAGCGCUGGCUGCGGCACUACGGGAACCUGAACAGCUCCAGCCCCCUGGUGCUCUUCGUGCGCUGGGCCUUCCCGCUGGCGGCCGUCUGGAUCGCUUGCUACUGGGCCGUCACCUCGGGGGCGGAGGACACGCUGGGCAAGCUGCAGGAGCUGGUGCAGGUGGCGCUGGUGGGCUUCCCCCGGGCCGUCUACGGCCUGGCAUCCCUGGGGAUCCUGCUGGUGCUGUGGACGCCAGUGACGGUGUUCGUGGACAGCCGGGAGCCAGUGGUGCCCAUUGUAACCCCUUAUCAGGGGGCCCCCAGCUCCCAAGCUGACCUCCAGCACGUCAUCCCACAGAUCUACAGGAGGAUGCAGGAGUCUCUGAAGAGCCAGCUGGACAGGGGUCACCGGAGGGCCACGGUGGCAGCCUACGGGCUGGGGAGCGUGUACUCAGCCGCCCUGGUCAUAGUGCUUACCCUGGUGGGCUUCCUUCUGCUGCUCCUGCACAGUGAGAGGAUGAGCCUCUCCUUCCUGCUCCUCUUCCUGGAGGCCUUUGUGCUGCUGCGGAUCCACGCCUGUGUCGUGAGCCUCGCCGGGGACGCUGAGCCCUUCGUGGUCCCCUGGUAUGCGGUCACCGCCUGGGUCCUUGCUGCCACCCAGUUCUUCUAUUCCACGGGCCACCAGCCCAUCUUCCCAGCCAUUCACUGGAACGCGGCCUUCGUGGGCUUCCAGCAGGGCCACACCACCCACCUGCUGCCCGCUGUCCUGGUGGGGGCCAACACGUUCGCCUCCCACAUCCUCUUUGCAGUUGGCUGCCCUCUGCUCCUGCUCUGGCCCUUCGUCUGUGAGGCGCCCAACUCCCAGAGGAGGAAGCUGAAGAAGGAACUGCGGGAAGAGCUUCAGGAGGAGGAGGAGCCCAUGAUGGAGAUGAGGCUGCGGGAGUCUCCGGAGAGGUUCUCGGCUGCUCUGCUGCAGCUGGGGCUCAAGUACCUCUUUGUGCUUGGCGUGCAGCUCCUGGCCUGCGUCUGGGCAGCCAUGAUCCUCAAGCGGCAUCUCAUGGUCUGGAAGGUGUUUGCCCCAAAAUUCCUCUUUGAGGCUCUGGGCUUCAUGGUGAGCAGUAUCUGCCUCCUGCUGGGGAUCUUCCUGGUGAUGCGUGUAGACUGCACAGUCGGCGCCUGGUUUGAGCGGCUCCAGCCCAGGUAGCAUCUGAGCAGCCAAGAUGCAGGGAAGCCGACGCGGAGCAUCGUCCCCUGAGGUGACGGCUGCAUCCCUGCCUCGCGAGGCCAGGCGGGACCCAGGAGCCGCCACCAUGGACAGUAGCUGGGGAUUAUCCCCGUCUCCCUGCUGGGCGCUACAGGGCAGGGCCGGCUGGUCUCUGGCCUCACUCACUGUGUCAUUGAACUCUGAGCUGAACUUCAUUGCCUCCCGCUGGGUGGGUUUGCAGCCCAGGCCAGGCACGCUGGGCAGCAGCGAAGGGUCUGUUGGGAGGGGAUGAAAGUACAAAGCCUCAAGUGCCCUCCUGUAGCUGGAUGAGGGAGGGGGUCUUGCUGCCAUUUCCUUGACAUCUCUUCUCACUGGGCAGAACGCACCGCAGGCCACUGUAGGGCUGUGUGCUGCCCUGGUGUUUGCUACCUCACCUGGGCCUCAUCUACUGAGGAGCUCCUGGGGUGUGUGGGUGCCAGAGGAGUGACCUCCCUGUUCUCUGUCUGCUCGUGCAGCAGCCUCAUCCCGGGCCCUGGCUCCCAAAGAGGGGAGUCUGGGCAGUGCAUGUCCCUGGGCUCGGGCAGCAGCAGCUUCUCAGAGGAGGAUUUGUCUGCUGUGUGAUGGGGACACCCCCUGCCGCACUGAUCCUGGUCUUCCUCAGGGCUGCGCAUGUGAGUGCCACACCCUGAAGUGUGUGUGUGUGUGUGUGUGUGUGUGUGUGAGAGAGAGAGAGAGAGAGAGAGAGAGAGAGACUGGCCAGAGAAGCCUGCACAGCAUGGUGCUUUCAGAUGGUACCUGGGGCUGGGUUUGCAACAGUCUGUAGAAAGAUUGUUUGAAACUGCUGGGGAAGGAGACAGCAAGGAGGGAGGGAGCUGUACCCAGGAAUAAAAUCCUCUCUGAGCCAGGGCUUCAGCCUUUUCUGGUAUCCAAACAGCGACCUCAGCUGUAGCAGCGAGGGCCCCCCGUCUCCUAUUCUGGUGCAUGCCCUUAAAUCUGCUGUGGAUCUCUGGCUGCUUCCAACCCCAACCUUGUGAUUGAGUGACCCAAGUAGCGUGGCUGGUUAGUGAGCACAGCUGAACGACAGCCAGGUAGUGACAGGGCCUAGUAACAAAGCUCCUUGUUAAAGGAGGAAGGGAGAGCCAAGAACUGCAGGCCUAGCCACGGGCAUGUGCUCAUCGGUGGCCAGAGACCAGUGCUGCAAAGCUUUUGGGAGCAGAUAACACCCCUGCAGGCUCGACAGCUUAGCCCCUCAGACAUACUGAGGCACCACCUGGAGUUGAGGCUGGACUACAUCUCACAAGCUUGGCAGGGUGGGGCCUGGCCAUGUGUUUGGAAAAUCUGUAAGAAAACCCCAAGUGCUGCAGGAGAUGGUGGUCAUGAUUCAGAGCACGGUGCUUUUUGCAGUACUGACCUGGGUGCUCCAGCCCCGGGUGAUGUCUCAAAGGAGCUGUCCCAACCUCACUCCUCCUAUUUAUGAUCGUGAGAUUGUAUCCCAUCUCUGCAGGGGUUGGGGGGUUAACCAUGGGGCUGGCUAAAUUCCAGUGGGGACGGUCCCAUUCUGUCUCCCUAAAUUCCCCCUGCAGUUAAGGUGUUCUUCACUUCCUGCCCCAAGCCAUUGUGGCAUUACUUGGUGCUAUUAAACCCUGCAGUCCACCCCGGGUGGGUGAAGUGAUCUGUACUGUGUGAACACAGCUCUGGAGGGCAAAAGGAGCUAAGAAAGGUUUGCCGGGGUCAUUGAUUUGGUUGCUUUUCGCUCCCCGUCUCUUUCUGGUUGGGAAGAACUAGUGUUUGACUUCAAUGCACUGUGCUAUGUGGCUAGGGUAGUUCUGGACCCUUCCUAGUCUCCUGCCUCUGGGUACUUUUGGGGCCUCCAAAGUUAUCCUGGCUGGCUGAACUGCUACUGUUAGUCCCAAAGCACCCAGCUGGUCUGAAGGGGGCAUGUCUUGUGGGUGGAUUUGGUUCAUCACUGUAAUUCUGUGGGCCCUGUGUUUGCCCUCCCUUGGAUAGUAGCUGAGCAGGUUGGUUAGCUAAGGUCACCUGUUAUAUAAUGGUUCUUUGCUGUAGCUGCUAGUGCGGACCCUAUUGAGUCCUGCUGGCCAGUUGCCAGGGAUUGCCCCAUGGUCAUGUGACUGGAAUGGGUGCAGGUGGCAUUAGAACUCCAGGCAACUCGCAUUGCUGAAGCCAGGGAGUGACCCCCACCGCAUCACCUGCGUUGACAUGAUGCCCAGCCAUGCAGCCUAGUCAGUAGCCGCUGGUCUGAACAGCCUUGCGGUACAGUACAAAUCUCUGUGGUCUUUAAAGCUGUAUUACUGUCCCAAAACAUCCCUGUCGCGACCCAGCAUUCUGGGCUUUGCUUUCCCCUGCUCCCAAAUGUCAUCCAACCUCCCUUUCUUCAGGAGCUUUCACUGUACUGCUCAGCACUUCAGUGCAUGUCCUUGCAGAUCUCUGCGGGCUUAGGAGCUAACAGCCUUCCCCUUCCGCCCAGUCAGCUCUGGAUUAUCCCCAUUUUAUAGAUGAGGAACCUGAAGCGCUUGUGGCUUUGGUGUGGCCAUGGUCGCACAAUGAGUCUGGGCGAGCAGGAACACAGCCCAGGGGUCCUAGCUCCAUGAAACGCACAAAACUCUGCCCCUUCUCACUAUUUAACUCCCUCUGUGUCACUUUCCAGCACGGGGUGGGUCUGAAACUGAUUUUGAAUCUUUUAUCUUUAAAAUGUUUAAAUCCCAUUGUUCUUGUAGCAACAGGGUGGUCUAGUGAAUCUGGGCACAGGCCUGGGAGCUGGGACUCCUGAUUUCUGAUCUUAGGUCUGCCACAGAUGGUGUGACCUAGGGCAAAUCACUCUGCCUCAGUUUCUCCUUCAGUCAAGUAGAAAUAAUCUAAUUUCAUAGAAACCCUGCACUGGGUUAUCAGGGUGCACGUCUUCACCGGGCUCAGGGACUAGUUAUAUCAUGGGAGUGCCAAGGAGCCCAAGGUAGCAUUUGGGACCUGUUAUCCUGGUCGCUGUAUCAAGGGAGACUAAGCUGCUGUCCCGAGGAACUGAGUCCAAGCAGACAGAUGACCCAUGGGGGGCUAUCGACACGUGUGCCAUUUUGUAUGUCUCGGUUACUAGUUCUGUAGUAGUUUUUCCAGCUGCCCCUGAACCUCGCCACUUAGCUGCCAUUUCGGUUAAUGUACCAGAGAGCCCCAGGGUCACACUGCAGCACCUGUCCCCUGCAGGAAAAUGAGUUAAUAUUUCUCAAGUGCUUGGAGACGUGAUGUGCUGGUUAUUGCAGUGAAUGGAAACUCGUGGUGCUUGUUAAUUUAAAACUCUGAACUGUAGUGCUGAGGCUGCUGCUCGCUGGGCCCAGCCAGGGGGUGAGGGUCCUAGGGGAGUUAGGGGUGUAUUUGGUUUCUGAAUUCAAGGUGUGUUACUGCCGAAGAAAAUCCUGCCAUCUGUUUCCUCUCUCAGCCUGUCAACACAACACCUAGGCGCUGUUACAAUUUCAGCAUCCCAGUGAGCCCUGGCCGGAGCCUGACACACAUUCUCCUCACUCCCUUCCAGGCAGUUGUGUCCCAUCCCAAUGGGGGUGGACUCCAUGCAGAGAGGGGAGAUUUGCAUUGUUCCCGAAGCAGGGUGAGGCUGGAAUCCCCCUGAUGCCCCCUCAAUGGGGAUUUCAGUAGAUUAUGACAUAGGGCUAGGAGGGUCAUCCAUCAUCUGCUCCUCAACCUUGUCCCUCCGCACUGUCUACUGUGGUACUGUGCAGAGGCACUACCCGUGGGAUGCAGGCCUAGCCUGUCAUGGGCUCUGCAGAUCAGGGCUAGUACCUAGAAAUGGAUCUGUCUAUGCAGGUGUAAAACUCCAUUCUGGCCAUGCACACCCCACCCAAGUGUUUGACAAGUGCAGUGUGUGCAGAGCUCCUGGCAUGGGAGAGCCUUAGACACAAUUGUGUAUUUAGGUCUAAUUUCUAAAGCCUGGGUGGGAAAUCUCUAUCAGACCUCCCCAAGAGGUGGGAGGUGGUUACAGACAGUGUUCUCAAGGCCUUGGUCCUGUCUGGUUUAUUCCAUAACUUCACAUGUCAGCUGUCAGCACCAGCUGUGAUUACGCCUGUUUCCUUUUACUCCUAUUCAUCCUAUUUCUGUUUAUCCUUCCUUGAAAUGUUUUAAACCAUUUGCCUCCCUUAGGGAUGCCAACACGCUCUCAGUAGGUCGCUGGGCAUUGCAAGGGGGAGGUUGUGUGGUCCAGCAGACAGCACACAGCGCUGGGAUUCAGGAGACCUGGUUUCAGUUCCUGGCUCUGCCACUGACUGACCACGUGGCUUUGGGGAAGCUGCUGUGCCUCAGGGACCCUGUCUGGAAAAUGGGGGAAACAGAGUCAUUUAUGUAAAGCACCUUGAGCGCUCAGGAGCAAAGUGCUCUAAAGAUGCUGAGCACAAUCUGUGGAUCUGAUUGUCACUUUCUUUCCACUGGAACAACUCUGCCUAUAAGGUGGAAGUGACUGUGGAGUCUCUGCCAGUGAGUAGAGAUUUAUAACAGAGCCUCGAGGGGGCAAACUGGCAGCAGUCCAUCUAAAAGCAUCACCUCUGGACAACUCCAGUCAUGAGACAGAGUUGGUGAGUGCUCUGAGCAGAGGAAUGGGAAGUGGGAAGGCUGUGGUCUCUUUUCACCUCUGGAACUGAUUUGCUACGGUCUUGGUUGGGCAAAUUGUUUCACUUCUUGUGUCUCAGUUUGCCUAAAAUUGGGAUAAUACUGACCUCCCUUAGCAGGGGUCUUUCCAGGCUGUGUGGUCUGUAAAAUGCAUGGAGAUCCUCAGUGAAGGAGCUAGAAGCUAAUUAAUAACGGUUCUUGUUUCACUAUGUAAUUAUUAGGUGGUGGGGAAGAUUUGCUGUGUGAGUUUGGAUGUUGCUUCUCCUAACUAAAUCCAAGUAGGGUAACCCGUGAUUGGUUUCAGAGCCCAGCUGCAGGUUACUCCCCUGUCUAGGCUGUUGUCUGUUAACCUCCUUUUCGGGCACAAGGACGGGGAAAGACUGGCGGCUAGCCGGGGGCAGGAGGCCGCGUGCCUUGGUCUGGUUCUGAGCUGCGGCAAAGCGGAUGGUUGCAAAUAAAGUGUGAGAUGCCAAAUGGAGCUGAGCUUUGUAGCUGUGUGGGGCGGGGAACGGAGGCAGCCCCCUGCCAGCGGACGGGCGCUUUGUGGGGGCGAGGAGUGGGUGUAGCCGCUGCACGGCAGCCGCUUGGCAAACGGGGGGACAGCGCCGUGCGCCCCCCAACCACCCCCGUUCGUAGCCGGGCACGAGCCCCCUCGGGGCCCUCCCUUA